GGUACCGCGUAUAUCCAGCUUGGGGGGAUGGGUACGCCGAGGUUAGCCGAGCUUUGGCCCUCGCUAGGUACUUCAAAAGACACCUCGUUACAUGGGACGGCGUGACUUGGUAUUGCCGCAUUUCAGUUCGUCGAAAACACUUUUUUAGUUAUCAAAAUUCACUUUUUUUCCAUAAAUCAGGAUAAAAUGUCUACGUUGUUCGUGGCAAAGAGGCAGGCCGCCAGGGCCGCAUCUCAGUUGAGAUGUUUUAGCUCAACACCCUCGCGCGGAGCUGCAGAGGUCAAGAAGCUCGGAGUUCUGGGCGCCGGACAGAUGGGACUGGGAAUCGCCCUUGUGGCUGCAAGAGUUGCACAGGUCCCCGUCACGCUCGUUGAUCCGAGUCAAGGGGCAUUGGACAAGGGGCUGUCUCUGGCAGACAAGCUCCUCUCCAAGGACCUUCAAAAGUCACGCAUCAGCCAGGAGGAUGCCGACGCCACGCGCGGGCGUCUGAGCCCUACCACGUCCAUGGACUCCCUGGCCGAUGUGGAUUUCGUGAUUGAGGCGGUGCCCGAGAUCCCCAACCUCAAGUACGAGAUAUUCAGCAAGCUGGCGCAGAUCUGCCCCAAGCACGCCAUCCUGGCGACCAACACGUCGUCAAUCUCCAUCACGCGCAUCGCGGCGGCCACCACCAAGGACGCAACCGACCUGUCGGCCAGCUCGCGGGUCGUGUCGACGCACUUUAUGAACCCUGUGCCCGUCAUGAAGGGCGUCGAGAUCAUCAGCGGCCUGCAGACGAGCCAGGAGACGCUGGACACGGCUGUGGCGUUCUGCAAGGCCAUGGGCAAGGUCCCCUCGACGUCGGCCGACUCCCCCGGCUUCCUGGCCAACCGGAUCCUGAUGCCGUACAUCAACGAGGCCGUCAUCUGCCUCGAGACAAAGGUCGGCGACCGCGACUCGAUCGACACCAUCAUGAAGACGGGCACCAACGUGCCCAUGGGCCCGCUCCAGCUGGCCGAUUUCAUCGGGCUCGACACCUGCCUCGCCAUCAUGAAGGUGCUGCACACGGAGACGGGCGACUCAAAGUACCGCCCCAGCGUGCUGCUGCAGAAGAUGGUGGACGCCGGGUGGCUUGGCAAGAAGAGUGGCAAGGGGUUUUAUGAUUACUAGGGAAAUAAAACAUGUGCCUAUAUAAGAUUUAGACUCUGUAUGAACAUGGACUCUUUUUUUCUCUGUUGUUUUCUUUGGCCAUUUGGAACUCAGGGUAUAUCCUUGAACAGCCGGUGAGAUUUGUCCACUUUGGGGUAUGAUUUUUGAAAUGGAGAAAUCUUUGCAAUCCUUCUCAUAAAAGCUCAUCAGCGAAGAUUCCUCCAGUUGGCUUGAACAAUCGCGAAAAGAAAAUUCAAGUAAAUAUGAUUCAUUGUGAGUUUCUGCACAUCUUUGCCUCUUGCAGUUCCG